GUCCCCGUGCAGAGGCGACGAUGGGCGCGGAGGAGCUCCCGGUGCCGUCCCCACUCCCGCUGCUCCCGCCGCUGCUGGCGGCCGCCACCGCCGCCCUCCUCGGCUACUACUGGGCGCGGGUGCCGCGGCGGCCGCUGCUCGCCGCCGGCCCGCGGCUCCGCGCCUUCCUGGAGCAGCGCUGCCCCGCCGUGGGCGAGACCUUCUACCCCACGCCCUGGUGCUUCGAGGGCCGCCUGCAGACCGUGCUGGGGGCCCUGCUCUGGGCCCGCCCGCCCGUCUCCUACCGCAGCGAGGCCAUCCGCGCCCCCGACGGCGGGCAGCUCAUCCUUGACUGGGCCGAGGAUGCCGACAGCAACUGGCACCCAGACCCCCGUGCCUGCCCCACUGUCCUGCUGAUCCCGGGCCUCACUGGCAGCAGCCAGGCCGCUUACCUGCUCUGCCUGGUGCACCGGGCCAGCCGUGCCGGUUACAGGUCCGUCGUGCUCAACCACCGGGGCUGCCGGGGCGAGGAGCUGCUGACCCCCCGGACCUUCUGUGCCAGCAACACCGAGGACCUGGAGACGGCCAUCACCCACAUCAAGCGCCGGUAUCCACGGGCCCCGCUGCUGGCCGUGGGUGUCUCCCUGGGCGGGAUGCAAGUGCUGAACUACUUGGGGCGGCGGGGGUGGGCAGCAGGGCUGGCGGCGGCCAUGGCCCUCUGCCCCAGCUGGGACCCCGACGCCUCAGCCGCCUCGCUGGAGCAGCCCCUCAACAACCUGCUCUUCAACCAGCGCCUCACCGCCAGCCUGCGCUGCCUCAUCAGCAGGCACAGGGCAGCGAUCGGAGAGAAGGUGGACGUGGAGCACGUGCUGCAGGCACGCACCAUCCGGGAGUUCGACGAGCGCUACACGGCCCGGGCCUUCGGCUACCGCUCCUGCCACGAGUACUACCAGGCAGCCAGCCCCGCGCGCUGGCUGCACCGCGUCCGUGUGCCCGUGCUCUGCCUCAACGCCUCUGACGACCCCUUCUCCCCCCUGCACGCCAUCCCCGUGGAAGCCGCCGGGCACCUGCCCCACGUGGCGCUGUUGGUGACGGCCCAUGGGGGCCACCUCGGCUUCCUGGAGGGGCUCUGCCCCCGCCCCGGCAGCUACAUGGAGCGGCUCUUCGCCCAGUUCAUCAGCGCAGUCUUCGAGCACAGGGAGGAGCUGCGGCAGCUGGAGGGGGACGGGGAUGGGGCUGCGGGGCAGGGUGCUGCCUGACCCCACAAUAAACA